AUGCAAGCGCGGGAAACCGAUAUUUGUGUCCUCGAAAAACCAAUAAUCAUAUCAAUGGAUUUCUCAAACUCGGGACAGAAGAAACCCUGGAUUGAGACGCCGCUCGUGGAAUCGGCGACCCUGUCCCAGCAAGCAGAAUGUAGAAUCUUCCUCAAACUUGAACUUCUGCAACCAUCUGGAUCAUUCAAGUCACGCGGAAUCGGCAACUUCAUUCUUUCAGCGCUGAAGAAUCCAGCUCAGAAAGACAAGAAAAAACACUUCUACAUUUCUUCAGGCGGAAAUGCCGGUCUCGCAGCCGUUCGAGCUGCUCGCGACCUGAACUGCCCCUGCAGCGUCGUAGUGCCACACAGCACGAAGGCAUUCGUGAUCACGAAGCUUCGAGAGCUCGGCGCCGCAGACGUAAUCCAGCAUGGUGCAAGCUGGUUUGAGGCGGAUACAUAUCUGCGUGGGACUUUCACCGAUAACCAGGAUACUGCACAGGAGACAGUUAACAUCUACAUUCCACCAUUCGACCACCCGGAUGUCUGGGCGGGUGCAGCAAGCAUGAUUGAUGAAAUUGCCUUGCAACUACCUGCGCGAAGCCGGGAACGCUUCAUGGAUGUCGCGGGUGGGUUCCCUGCUGAUGCGAUAGUUUGCAGUGUUGGUGGUGGAGGUCUUUUCAAUGGUGUUGUAUCUGGAUUGGAGAAGUACUUGGAUGAGUUUGGGUGUGGAGCUGAUACAGCCAGUACGAAGAGUGUGCAGGUUAUUGCAGCAGAAACGAGUGGUGCGGAUUCGUUGGCUCAUUCUCUCCGGUGUGGAGAGUUGAGUUCUUUGGACGCUAUUACCUCUCAAGCUACAUCGCUUGGCGCUUUGCGUGUCGCGUCGAAGGCGUUUUCGAAUGCGAAAUUCCCACCGCGUGGUGUGCAGGUUACUAGUGUUGUUGCGUCGGAUGCGGAGGCUGCGAGGGGUAUUGUGCGACUUGCGGAUGAAAUGCGGUUGCAGGUUGAGUUGGCUUGUGGAGUUAGUGUGGAUGUUGCUGUUGCUGGGAAGUUAAAGGAAGUGAUGCCUGAUCUCACGCCCGAGAGCCGAGUCGUGGUGGUUGUUUGUGGUGGAAGUAAUAUCACGGCUGAGAUGAUUGCGGAGUACAGACAGCUACUGAAAGAUGGUUGGGAGUGA